ACCGACUCUUUUUUUUUCGCUGCCCUGCAGAGAUCGGACGACCAUCGUCAUUUUUCAUUCACUCACUCUGCUCUGGCUACUCUUUUCUGCUGGUUGAUUUCGACAUCAGCAGCAGCGCAAGCAGACACUCGCACAAUCAGAAAUAUCGAACAGUGUUUUCGGGGAAAAAGUGAAAAUUCGACGGAAUAUCCUACUUGGGACAGUGCUGUGAAUUUGCGUGCACGCGUUUUGAAGCGGAAUUUACGACAACGGUUUGGGCUGCUGCGGCGGAUCCCGUCGUCUGGUGUUUUGCUGCGUGGCGUCGCGAUUCGCGAAUCGACGACGACGGAAUAAAAGCAGCACGCACCCAGAAGCAGCCGAAGAAAAAUAGUGCAGAAAUUUUUCGCUGGAAUAAAUUUUAAAAUAUCUUACGACGAAUGCGAGAAGGUUGAUGAAAAACGCGUAGCCCCAUCACAGGGAAGGCCAAAGAAGAGGAGGAAAAAGAAGGCCCUAUUGUGUGUUUGCUGUCCCGUCGUCUUCGCGUUGUGAGUAGUGUUGGAAACGUGCGUCUGUAUCUGUAUCUGAGUGUUGUUUUUGAUCGAAUUCAAUGUCUGGGGGCCCCAAAAGCAGCGAAAAAAGUGGAUUAUUCAGCAUUGUAAAUAUUUUUCCAAUGCGCUGCUUGGGUGAUGGCUGCUGUUUGCAUCUGUUGCGUGAAGAAAGUGUUUCAUAAUACGAUUUUUCUGGGCAGAGGAUAGUGUUCUAGGUGGAAGUACCCGUUUAGCGAGCUAUCAAGAGACCAAAAUGUGGCCAAUUAAUGGUGGAUGUAGCUGAAAAAUCGUCACACAGUUCCACGAAAAACCAGCCAGGCAGGAAGGAAGCAAUAGGAGAAGACGAAAAAGUAGAAGCAGAACCUCGCACCUCGAAGGCCGAAUUGCGACUUUGUGUGGAUUAUUCUCACUGUAGAGGAACGGAGCAGCAUAAACGAUUUUACUGAAGCUUCAUCGUCACAGACCUCUCGUACCCGCCAUUUCCAGGAGCUCGAUACAAAGAUCGAAAAUUGAUGAGCUCCGAAACCACCAUCAGUCUGUGUUGAAAUCCCGCAUCAGAGAAUGGCAGAAAAAUGCAUCGUCACAAUUAAGGAAGAGCAGCAGCUUCACCAGCAAUGCCCCAGCCCACUGGGGGAGAUCACAAAUGAUUCCGACCCGCUGACCGGUACGCCCACGACGAUCAUCACCCCGGCAGUGACUACCGCGAUCAGCCUGUCAUCGACGACGGAAUCCGCCUCAUCGACACCCACUCAAUCCGGUACGAUUGAUUGCGACGAGCAGGAGGAAAGCGGCGGACAGCAGCGUGGAAAGGAUGGUUAUGCGUGGUUCUAUCCGGACAAAGGUGUCGUUGCCGGAAACCAGAUCCACCUGGAAACGCCAACUGUCGAGGAGAAAAGCAACGGCGGGCUGAAUCUAGCGAAACCAAAGCGGCUGAGCGAUGAGUUCUACUCGGCCGAUGAUGACUACGACGAGGACGAAGACGACGAAAUGGUUGGCCGCGGUGGUAACAGUAGUAACAGUAGCGGCAGCAGCAGUAUAACUGGAAUCAGCAAAAAUGUCGUGGGUGACGGAGAUUGUGAAGCGCAUGCUAGUUUGAAUGAGAUUAAAAACCUGAGCAUCACAAAUGGUGUUGCCGAGCCUGGGGACGAUCGAUACGAGCAGGACGAAAACUCGAUCUCCGAUCCAAUCUAUAUCAGUGAGGAGACUUCGUCGUGCAGUAGUGGCCAUCAGCGGAUGAUUGGUGAAGAAUUGUCCGUCAGAGCACAGGAGACUGAAGAGCAAAACCGGCAACAGCCUCUGGAAAUGGAACAGGAGGAAAUAGCCGAGGAUGAAGGUGUUGUCGCGCUGGAAGAUGACCUCGAUGGAGUUGACGGCGACGACGAUGCUGAUGUGGAUGAGGAUGAUCUUCAUGAUGUGCAAUCAAUCGAUGCAAUCGAACGUCGGGAUUUUGAACAGGAACAAAAACUGACUGGCGGGAUUAUAAUUAAAAAUAGCGCUUUGAUACCCGAUAACCAUAGACUGAAUUUAGAGUUUAUAAGUAGAUUUAGUAGGAUGCGCAACGAUGCAUUGGCGAAGAAAUCUCAGCCGGACGGCAAGGUUCAGCUUACGACAACGCCAACUAGCAGUAGGAACGCGUACAAGAAUGGUAGUAGUAAUCCAUCUAGUUCUAAUAGCACUAGUAAUAAGGAACAAAACAGUAAUAGUACAACAAAGUCAGCGUUAAAAGUGAACCUGUCAGCUAGUCUAGAUAGUUACUGCGCAGCUACCGAAGCCGUAAAUGAAACGGAUAUGGCCGACGGUCCUUCCUGUUCUUCCUCGAUGGCUUCGUCCUCGUCUUCUUCGGCCUCCAGUAGCAGUAAGGCACAACAUCGUCAGCAGCAGCAGCAGCAGCAAAUUGAUGAAAUCUUCAACAGCAACUCCAACGAUAGCCUUUCGUCCGAUCGUUCGAUAUUCAUCCCCAACCUACAAGCUUUGAAGGCAUCUGCCAAGGACUGUCCAACAGCUCCCAACAGUAGCGGUGUGAAUGAACCCGGCACAUCAUCUUCCUCUUCUUCGCCGUCACCUACAUCGGCCAGCUGUUCCGCUGGUCCUUCAACAUCUGGAACAACCAAACCACCUUCGGAUUGCAGUUUAGCGUCAUGUGCUACCUCGGUCAUCAAACAAACUGGAGAGUGCAGCAAAAACAUCAACCAUCAUCCACUUCCUUCAACGAGCACCAGCAAUUCUUCGUUGUUUUCCUUCAGUUGUCCAUUCGACAGUGCCGAUCGCGAAAACGACGAAGCUUGCAGCUCUAGCAACGUAUCCCUUGGCAGAUUUCCAUCCAAUGGAUCGAAUUUUGCCGAUAACAUUGCCGAUGAAGUGGAACCCUCCAGCUCGUCACAUCGAACCCGCCAACCCCAACUUCAUCACGAACAUAAUCACAUUGAAGAUCCCCUACUAGAACCGUCACAACUAUCGAUGCCACCGGAGCUAGCCGCUGCGGCGGCUGUCGUCGACCACGAGUGCGACGAAGAUAAUUGGGCCGACUGUGAGGAAGGUUCCGACGAAGAGGUAUGUACCUGUAGAGACUACACCGACGAUGAAGGUAACGGAGGCCAUGGUGCCGGUGGACACGCCAGCAGCGAAGACGAACUGCCAUCCCGAGAUGUCGAUCUGUCCAGCUAUACUCACAUGGAUGCCGCCGAGGACAUUCUCGCUCACGAUCCGAACACCACCGGUGGGGCGACGAACGCCACCGGAAGCAACGCACAAACCCCAAGACUGCACCGGAAGCGCAAGCUCACCGAGAACCGGAUCCUGUUCGGAAGCGGCGGUAGCCGGGUUUCGACGGGAACGGCCGGAGAUGUCACCGGUGGUGGGCUAGGCAAUCACAGCGAUAGCCCCAGCACCGAAUCGCUUAACUACAACAGCCGGAAACGAUUAGCUUUAGAUAGUACCAGUUCGCCGCGAACGCUACGCAGUCCGUCUAAUCUAACUACGACGCCAACAUCAUCCUCUUCGCUGGGAGAACGGAAGACUCCCAGAAGCGUAAUCCCUACCAAAGAUAAUCCUCCUCCGGAACUGAACGAUUGGCUGCAACAGUUUCAGCGAUGGACACCGGUCGAGCGUCUGGUGGCAGUGGACAUGCUAAUCGAGCACUGCGAACCGACCCAGGUCCGACACAUGAUGAAGGUCAUCGAACCGCAGUUCCAGCGCGAUUUCAUAUCGCUCCUACCGAAGGAACUGGCCCUGCAGGUCCUGUCCUAUCUGGAUCCGAUGGAUCUGCUUCGGGCAGCCCAAACGUGCCGCAGUUGGCGCUUCCUAGCGGACGAUAACCUCUUAUGGAAGGAAAAGUGCAAGGAAGCGAUUAUCGUGAUGGACGUCACCGGCGGCGAUCGUCCCAAGCGAGGCCGAGCCGGCAAUAUGCCACCGAUUUCUUCGCCCUGGAAGGCGGCCUACAUGCGACAGCACAUCAUCGAGAUGAACUGGCGCUCGAGACCGAUACGCACCGCGAAGGUGCUGAAGGGCCACGACGACCACGUUAUCACGUGCCUUCAGUUCUGCGGGAACCGCAUCGUGUCCGGUUCCGACGACAAUACGCUCAAAGUGUGGUCCGCCAUCACCGGAAAGUGCCUUCGAACACUGGUUGGUCACACGGGUGGUGUCUGGUCGUCUCAGAUGUCCGGCAAUAUCAUCAUCUCCGGCAGUACCGACCGAACUCUGAAGGUGUGGAACGCCGAAACCGGUCAGCUGCUGCAUACCCUGUACGGACAUACGUCGACGGUUCGUUGUAUGCAUUUACACGGAAAUAAAGUCGUCAGCGGUUCCCGCGAUGCAACGCUGCGCGUUUGGGAUGUUGACGAAGGCACCUGCCUGCACGUGUUGGUCGGCCAUUUGGCUGCCGUUCGAUGUGUUCAGUACGAUGGAAGACUGGUGGUUUCCGGGGCGUACGAUUAUAUGGUGAAAGUAUGGAACCCGGAGCGACAGGAGUGUCUGCAUACGUUGCAAGGGCACACCAAUCGCGUCUAUUCGCUGCAGUUUGAUGGCAUCCACGUGGUGUCCGGUUCGUUGGAUACAUCGAUACGUGUAUGGGAUGCGGAGACGGGUAGCUGCAAGCACGCCCUGAUGGGCCAUCAGAGUUUGACUUCGGGCAUGGAGCUCAGAUCGAACAUUUUGGUAUCAGGUAAUGCCGACUCUACGGUAAAAGUAUGGGACAUCAUCACUGGUCAGUGCUUGCAAACGUUAUCGGGUCCCAACAAGCACCAGUCGGCCGUCACCUGUUUGCAGUUCAACUCCCGCUUCGUGAUUACCAGCUCCGAUGAUGGUACCGUCAAACUGUGGGAUGUCAAGACCGGAGAGUUCAUUCGCAAUCUGGUCGCUCUGGAGUCUGGCGGUUCCGGAGGCGUAGUGUGGCGAAUUAGAGCCAACGAUACAAAACUGAUCUGCGCGGUCGGUUCGCGCAAUGGAACGGAAGAAACCAAACUGUUGGUACUCGACUUCGACGUAGAAGGUGCCUGUUUGAAAUGCUCAUAAGUUCUGAAUAAGUAUACUCUUUAAAAAAAACCCUCUACCUUAGAAUCCCUUUCUGUGCUGUUCUGCCUUUUUCUCGAGACGCGUUGAUCAUUUCUUUGAUUAACUCAAUUUAUACGUUGAUUCUAAAAAAAAUAAGGUGAACAGAAGAAAACUACCAUCAUGUCAUCAACCACCAUAUCAACUUCAAAACAUCACAGCGCAAAAAAUUGCCACCCAACCUUUAUAAUUAGAAAUAUCAUCAUGAAUUAUUGUAAAUGUUUCAAAUUGUUAUAUAAAUUAUUAGUAUACAUAUCAAUACCUAAUUCUCUAAGUUCUGCGACAAAUUACUGGUAUUCAUUUACCACCCCAAUCAUUGGUAUUUAAGGACAAGGUUGGUAGAAUCCACUAAUGGCCGUUGUCAUGGCUGAUUUUCCUUAUAAAAUCAGCCAUGAUAGCGGCCAUUUGUGGAUUCUAUAAAUCUUGUCCUUAACUGGAAAAUUUCGUGGAACUCAUGGAAAAGAUUCCAAUUUCAACGAAUUUGUUGAAUUCAAGUUUUACUAUUUUUUCUCGUGCAGCUUUUCGAUGAGUGUGAUACACUAAGAAAAGUUUGCAUGUAGUCUCCAUUUUUGUAUUUUACAUAACAUUGAUGUUAUCACGUUAAUUCUAUGAGAUUUUGGCUUAUUAUAAAAGUGUUAUGAAAAUUCACAAAACCAAGUGAAAUUUUUUUUCAGCGUGUUCUGUGACUCAACGUUUCAAGCAAUUAAUUCAAUUUAAAAACAAAAAUAAACAAACUGACUGGUGAUUGGCAACGUGAUGGUAGCUAUAAUUAUCACACCUGGGCAAAGGUAACAGAAAGGCAUAGCUGUAGUGAUGAAGGGAAGAAAAAUCAUCGGAAAUUGUCCCUGAUAGGGCCAAAACUAAAAAAUUUAAAUAAAUACCAUAGUAAGAAAAUGCUUCGAAAUGAUACAACAACAACAAAAAAGUUGAACCAAUUGAAUAAUCGAAACCGGAGAACCCUACCGAACGUGUUCACGUCCUGCCGUACUGUUGUUUUCCACACACACUGCGAGCGAUUGUUUGCUUUGAAUUUGUUAAACUUUGUUUCCUUGUUGAGUUUAACGAAAUGCGUAUGUGUGUGUGUUUGUUUUCUAGCGCACAUAUAAUUUCUCGAUGGCGCCGCGCGCUACCAAUAUAGCACCUACCUAUUAUCUAUGUUUUCUCUUUUAUUACGAAACAGAAUACGUUGAUUUUCCCCAAACUUUAUAUUGUUCUCUAUGAGUUCUAACUACCUUCUGUGUUGUGAAGUAAGGCAACUCAAUUUAGCUCGCUGUGGAAACUUUAAAACAGGGCGACCGUUUCGGUUUAUCUUCUCCGAAUAAUUGCAGUGUUCGAUUCGAUCAAUGGGCAGGACAACAAAUGCUUUAACCAAUUAACGAUACAGCUUACGCUUUAGUUUUUAGUUCCCAAUCCUCCAUUUUCCGAAGGUGUCGAGCAUACUGAUUGAACUGGCGCAAACUUAUCAUAAACGAUGAAUUAGAAAGUCAAUAGCAGAAGUGACGGGAAA